CACACACGCUGUGCGCUCAAGACCAAAGUGCUGAACCAGCAUCGACUUACUCGUUGUCGGUAUCGUCUGCAGGCCAGUCCACAACGCUCAGUCAGUCGUCGCAAUAYCACUCGCGCGAUUGUGUGUGAUUAUUUUUUUUUUUUACAACGACACGUAACCCACUCGUGUGCGCCGCCGCCGUCAUUGUGGUGCCGCGUACUAUACAAUGAUCACAUUAUAAUAUCAACAGCGUCAAAUUUGAAAUAUUUAUUUCAUUUAAAUCGUGUGACGUUCUUACAUAGAAAAAACGCGUUCCACGUCUCAGACUAUAACAUUGUUAUCGUGUACCAGCGUCCGUAAUAUUUUUCAUCGUAAUCUCAGUUUAGUUUUAUGGUUUUUGGUCUUAAUCCACCACAAUAAUUUCCUUACCGAUAGAGAUACGCAUCGCGGUGAUGCUUCUCUACGGACUCGUCCUAUCUAAAUAACAACGCUCUCGACCUGCUCGAGUCCACCUCCACCGCUGCAGUGCUACCACGAUGGCCGUGCUGGUCGGAAGUCGAGACAACGUGGUCUCCAUAUCGGCGAUURAGUCACUGAAAAUGUUGGCACUCUCCGUGGUCUGGGGAUCGUGGAUCGUYAUCAARAACGCGGUCACCAGGGUCUUCAGACCGCUGUGGUCGAACAGCGGAAGCCGCGGGAACAACAAAAACGUGGUCACCGGUGCCGGUGGCAAGGCAAUCCGCUUGGCGACCAUCAGAGACCGCGCGCCGCCGUGUCUGUCCACCACGGUUUAUGGUACCCACUCGUACGUCAAAGUCAAGGGUGUUAAAUUGCAUUACGUUGAAUGUGGUGACCCUAAUGGAACGAUUGUUCUUUUGCUACACGGAUUUCCAUCUUGUUGGAUUAGUUGGCAUCAUCAAAUACCCAUUUUGUCGAAAUAUUUUCGAAUAAAAUUACUAAGCCUAGUAGUCAACUUGGUUAGUUCAAAGUUGAAAGGACUGGCUAAGAAGUUCGAGUUAUCUAACGACAGUACGAUAAUGGGAAAUUUCAAGGAUCAAAAAAAAAUUUACACUUCUUAUCUCAUACAGAGCUAUCCAAAUUGUGUAGCAAAAGUAUUAACGAUCAAUGACCACGUAUCUAUUACUAAUCCCUCUCCCAAUUUUCGUCACGUGAAACUUGGAAGAACCUUUCGUGAAAAAGUAGUUCAAAACCAACAGAACUCUGGYGGUAUAGUUGAACGAAUGAAAGAUUUUGUUUCGUCUACGGUUCAGUAUGGAACUACAUUGAAAGAUUCUAUGCAAAGAAACAUUUCACCAACCUCGGCCAAAACAUAGCUAAACUAAUAUUUUUUAUUUUAUUUAUAAAACAAUAUUUGUAAUACUGUUAAUGUAUCAUAUCAUAUUAAAAAUAAGAGAAAUUUUAUUAAAUAUUAAAUAUCAUUCACCAUACGUUUAUUAAUAUUAUGUUUACUUAUAAGCUCAUUAAAAACAACUUUUCAAACUUAAAGGUACAGUGAUGAUAUAUGUUAUACAUUUAUUUUAUCUAUAUAGAUAUAUUAAAUUGUUCACAUCACGUGUACCUACUUAGGAAGUUAAUUACAUAUAAGUAGUGUUAUCACUGUUAUCACUGUUAUCACUGUUAUCCAUAUUGUUAUUAUUGUGAAUUAUUAAUAAGGUAAACUAAAUUAAUAUAAGCUAUAAUAUAAUGGUAUAUUCAUAUAUUACCCGAUUGAACAUAACUAAAUGUUURUAUUUUUAUAAUACUAA